AUGGCUGACGUUAAGAAGCAUUGCAUAGAAUCACUUAAAACUGUCCCACUUGGAAAGGACCCUGCCCAGAUGCAGAAUGGGAAGGACUUCUACAAGUACCUUUUCACGAAUCACCCCGAUCUCCGCAAGUACUUCAAGGGUGCUGAGAACUUCACUGCUGAUGACGUUCAGAAAAGUGCCAGGUUCGAAAAACAGGGCACUUCAUUGCUUCUGUCUGUUCACCUUCUUGCCAACACAUUUGACAACGAAAUGCUGUUCCGCGCAUUCUGCCGUGAAACUCUCGAUAGACAUGUGGGCCGAGGCCUGGAUCCAUCCUUGUAUAAGGUUUUCUGGGACGUAUGGAUGGCCUUUCUGGAGAGCCGUGGAACUCAACUAACUGCUGAUCAAAAAGCCGCUUGGGGAAAGUUGGGUGCCAUGUUUAAUGAAGAAUGCCAACUUCAACUGGCUAAACACGGACUGCCUCAUUUGUAA